AUGAAGUUAAUUAGUAGAAAAAAUUUAAUCCUUUAUGAUAUUUUUUUAUUCUGUUUUUAUUUUUCCACUGUAGGCCUCUUUGAUCGUCAGCACCCUCCUAAGCGAAUAAUUGAAUCGUCUCCAUUACAUAUCAGUUUAAAACCGAUAGCUGCUUGGUCUGGCCAACUACAUGUUACCACACCUCGCUACUAUCGCUACAACAUAACUCUGCCUUCGGCCCUUUCCUCUGUAGGAGUGCUGCUUCGUCGACACACAAUGCCUACCUUUGUACAACACGACAUUUUCGACCGCGUCACUGCACGUGGACUUGCCCCCAUGGACUCUACUCAAAUAAACCAAUACCGUUCAUUCGAUCAGUUUUCGUUCCAUCCUUCAGCUCCUGCGAAGAUGAUACCGCGUUAUCGAGCCCGCCGAAAUUCCGCAAUAACUGCUGUCAGGGCAACUGACAAUCAGGAUAUCCGAUUGAAUAGAACAAAAAGCAACUUACUAGAUAACAGACCUGCUUCGCAUCUAUUUGAUCGACAAAACUCAAUUUCGCAUGACCGGGUAGGAUACCUCGAAUCUCUUGGCAAUUUUAUGAAAGACGUUGCUUGGGAAGUGACAAGACGUAACAACCUAUCUCUGAUAAAUUCUGCCUCCCCCAAAAUUACUACGAGGCGAUGGCGUCGGGGCACUGACACUGGUGGCAAUAUUGAUGACUUUGUUAAUCCAACAAGCGGUUUGAGCUUGAUCAAGAGCUCGCUUGACCGAAGCGAUUUUUACUAUAUGAUCCGAGAGGUUUUCUAUUGCCUAAAGUAA